AUGGGUGUCCCACGGGAAGGAGGAGCCGAGGGCAGCCCUGACCGCAGGCUCUCCGGAGCAGGCAGCGGGCCAGCCGGCUCUGGCACCCGGCCCGGAAGUCUGUCCUGCCCCUUCACUGUGACUCUGCAAAACGCCGGGGCGGAGGCCGUGACGAUGACGAUGGCCGGGCAAGGAGGAAGUAGAGGGGUACGGCUGGGCGCUGCACUGCUCGGGGCACAGCAGAGGGUUCGGCUGAGCACGACAGAGGACGGCCGAGGACGGCCGGCAGCCACAACCAUGGCAGAGGCCGAGGACAGGAGCAUCCACACCCAGCACAUCUCGGCUGUGCACAACGUGCCCAUGCGGGUCCUCAUCCGGCCCAUCCCGGCUGAGCUGGACCCGGGAAAGGUGCAGAGCCUGAUGGAGACCCUGCAGGAGGAUCCCGAGCGGGUGCCCCCCAUCGACGUGCUCUGGAUCAAAGGUAGUGAGGGCGGCGAUUACUUCUACUCCUUCGGGGGCUGCCACCGCUAUGCUGCCCACCAGGCACUCCGCCGGGAGACCAUCCCCGCCAAGAUCAUCCCCUCCACCCUCAGCGACCUCCGUACCUACCUCGGCUCCUCCACGCCUCACCUGCGCUAGCCCAGCACCCCGAGGAUGCCCAGCAGCCCGUUCUAUCCCUGUUGGUUCCGACUCGUGAGCCCUUCAUGAGGAUGUGGUCGGCGCCCCCAGCCCUGGGGAAUCCCCAUGGUCCCUCCAGCCAGGAGGGGUCAGGAUCCCCAGACUUGGAGACCCCUGAGGUCCCUGCAGCCGGGAUGAGGUGCGGGUCCCCCAGACUCGGAGGGUCCCCGGCUCCCGGCAGCCGGGAUGGGUCGGGCUCUCGCCGGUACCGGGAGGCGCCCGG